AUGCACACGAUCCAGCCUUCUCGUUGUCGUCUCUACAAGUACUUGCCAUCAAUCGUUCAUUGUGCUGCUCAGACUCAUGACAACACUGAAUGUUGUCGUGCAAAUGGAGUUGCUCAAAUUGGUGAACAAUGUCUUCAGAUGUGCCAGCCACAGGAGAAUCCACGACGUUUCUGGGGUGCAAAAUCCCUGCGAAAGGAUCUUGUGGUAUGCCUAGCAAAAUGGGAUCAAAUUAUGCAAUGCCAUCAAUCUGGUCUUCGUGCGAGGAAAGUACCCCGACCAACUGUUUAA